AUGCUCGCAGGAAAGCAGAUGUUUCUACCAGUUUUUGGUUUCGUUAUUUUGUUUUCUAUAUCAAUAACUUUUGGAUCUCCUAUCGAGACUGAAAGCACUACUAAUGUUGUGUCACUGAAUAUUCAAAAUGCUAAUAAUGGUCAGGCUAUUCCAUCCACAAUGCAUGGCGUUAUUUUGGAAACAAAUAUAAAUAGAGGCGACGAUGGUGGUUUAUACGCUGAACUUAUCUACAAUCGAGCAUUUCAAGAAAACGGUCGGUCGUUGGAUGGAUGGUUAACAUUUGGAGAAGGAUCUAUUGCUCUUAGUAACAAUCAAUCAUUAUCCAGUGCUUUACCAGUGCAAAUGAAAUUCACACUUAACCAAACGUCAACUACUCCAUCUGGUUUCAAAAAUGGUGGAUUUUAUGGCAUAAACGUUCAACGUCAAAAUUAUAGAGCAAGUUUUUUUUAUCGACCGUCUACAAACGCGCAUGUAGAAGGCGGUAAAUUGACAAUUGGAUUGAGCGAUGUAGAUGGUUCGAAAAUAUAUGGUGCAUCCACAAUUGAUGUAUCCAAUGCUCCCGUGAAUGUUUGGUCUAAUUUUUCUGCUACUAUUUCUGUCUUUGAUGCCGCACAAUCUACCCAAAACGUUUUCUUCGUUGCUUUUCCUCCGAAUUCCAAGGGUGAUUUUGAAUUUAAUUUGAUUUCUUGUUUUCCUCCUACUUUUAAAAAUCGAGAGAAUGGUGUUCGUGUUGAUAUUGCACAAGCUUUUGCCGACCUUAAACCCGGUUUUGUUCGACUUCCAGGUGGUAAUGAUCUUGAAGGUCCAACUAUCCCAGAACGUUUUAUUUGGAAUAAUACAAUUGGCCCUCUUCAAAAUCGUCCUGGUCGAAGAGGAACAUGGGUGGGAUAUAACACAGAAGGUUUAGGAAUAAUAGAACUAUUAACUUUUCUCGAAGAUAUUGGUGCAACACCUGUACUUGCUGUCUAUGCUGGAUAUUCAUUAGAUGGAAAAGCAGUGCCUCAGGAUCAACUUCAACCAUAUAUUGAUGAAGUCAUCAAUGAAAUCGACUUUAUAACUGCACCUGCUGAUGCUAAUAGAAUGGGCGCCCUGCGCAAACAUUUAGGUCGUAGUGAACCCUUCGUUGUCAAAUACGUAGAAAUAGGUAAUGAAGACUUUUUUGCUACAAGUACAUAUAGUUAUCGCUGGCCAGCUUUUUAUAAUGCUCUUUCUCAACGAUAUCCAAAUAUUACAUUUAUUGCCACAACAACUAGUUCGAUUGCAUCUCCACCAGCUGUAGAUGAUCAUGACUAUCAACCUCCACAGUUUUUCAUUGACAAUUUUCGCCGAUAUGAAAGAAUUCCUCGACCAAAGCCCAAAGUUCUUGUUGGAGAAUUUUCAACAAUUAACGACCGUGAUUCGAAUUCACUCCCCUAUCCAACGCUAGCGGCUGCUGUUGCCGAGUCAAUUUAUCGCAUUGGGUUUGAACGUAAUUCCGACGUUAUCAUUGGAGGUUGUUAUGCUCCAGUUCUUCAAAAUGUUCAAGCUACACAAUGGACACCAAAUCUAAUACCUUUCAAUGCUAGUCUAGUAGUAAAAACAACUUCCUAUUUAGCUCAACGAAUGUUCGGCGCUAAUCUUGGCAACAUAAUUCUUAAUUCUACCGCUACCAACAGUACUAUGGCUCAUGAGUCAGUACAAGAAGGCGGAGAAGGAGAUGGCAAGCUUGGUAAUCUUUAUUUUACUGCAUCAAAACGUACCGAUAACAAUACACUAAUUGUCAAAUUAGUUUCUGUAGAUUUAAAUGAUACUCUUGUUAACAUACAAAUUCAAGAUUCAACAGCAACAUCCGAAGGUGUCAUGUAUAUUCUGGCUGGUGGACCAGGUGUUGAUCCAUCAAAAUUGAGUAAUACCAUUGAUAAUCCUACUGCUGUAUCGAUCAUUACAAAAUUAAUAUGGGCAACAGGUGGCAAAUUUUCAAUAACAGUUCCUUCAUGGAGUGUUGUCGUUGUCAAUCUUCCUCUUUAA